AUGACAGAGGACAACAAUACUACUAUCGACAUUGAAAAGGCAACUCUGGAACAGAAAGCAGCUCUGGAACAGAGUGAAAAGACACCCACUUAUACUGUAUUCUAUCGAGGUUGUGCUCUUGCACUACUCAUUAUUGUGAUUACCGGAAUCAUCCUUGGGGUAUCUAGUACAAACAACGAUCCAUUGAAACUACCCCAGCUGCGACCGGCUCCAGCGACUACAAAGCUCUCCAAUUCCACAGAAGCUCCCAUCACUGGCCAAACAACAUCAGCUCCAACCCUGGGACUCGUCAUCACCACUGUCCCUACAUCUGCUCCUGUGAAAGCUACAGAAGCUCCUAUCAGCCAAACAGCACCAGAUCCGCCCCUCGGACUCGUCACCACAACUGCCCCAACAUCAGCUCCCGUGGAAGCUACCACCGCCCCAAUUCCUGCAGUAAUGACGACUCCAACAUUGCCUCCAACAUCCGGUCAACUGGAUGUUCAAGCAUUCAUUGAUGCUAAAGUAGCCCAAGGCGAGACACACAUCAUCAUCCCACCUGGGAGACAUUACAUCGAUCCUCAGCAUAACAACGGAAAAGUACAUUUGCACCUGCAAAACUUGCAAGAUAUUGUCAUUGAUGGUAUGGGCGAGGCUGAAAUUGUGUGCACCAAAACUACCCGGGCGAUUACACUAUGGGGCUGCCAGAACGUCACCUUGAAGGGAUUGAUUGUGGAUUACGAUCCUUUGCCGUUUUCGCAAGGUAGAAUUGAAAGCAUCUCGGAUGACCAACUAAAAUUGACCGUUUCCAUGAUUGAUGGAUAUCCAGCCGCUGAUAGCCUCAAAGAAACUGGCAAGAUCGAGAUCUACGAUUCCGCUACUGAUGAACUUACUACACCCACAUACUAUGGAGUAACUGUCGGUAUGGCUGAUGAAAGUGGAAAGAAUGUUAUCGUGACGAAAAAACCCAAUCAUGUACCUCUUUCAGCAGAGAAGGUGGGCGACAUUGUGGUGUUUGGUUCAUCCAAUAUUGUGAAUCCUAUUCCCCAUGCAAUCUUCGCCAAGGACUCCGCGGGUUUGCUUUUUGAAGGAGUCAAGGUAUAUGCAUCCAACAUGUUUGGUUUUCUGGAGAACGAUUGCACUUCCUCAGGAUACAUCGGCUCGGUUGUUGACCGUCGACUACCCGAGGACGACAUCAAGCAACGUGGGUAUCGCCGAUUGCGCAGUGCAAAUGCGGAUGCUUUUCAUUCGAAACAUGCACCUAUCGGACCAAGAUUCCAAAAUAUCAUUGCCCGCUACAAUGCUGAUGACGGAAUCGCCGUCAACGGCCACUACCAUUUGAUUUCAAAUGUUCCGUCUAGUUUGGACAAUACGAUUCGAGUCAUUGGAAAGAAUGAUGAAGUACCGAAUCUAUCCGAGGGCGAUAUGGUGGAGUUGGUAAAGUACAGCGGUGAACGCAUUGAGAACGCCAAGAUUGUAUCCUUCGAUUCAGAGACUACGUAUGCACUGGAUCAAGCCGAGAAAGACUUUCUCGGUGCACAAACCUUCUCUGGUCGGGUAAAACUUACCAAUUUUGCUACCAAGGUAUACACGGUGACAUUGGACCGCGCUAUUGACGUACCAAUGGGGAGUCUAAUCGCCUCUACCAACCGACUUGGCAAUGGUUUCCGAGUGGAAGACUGUAUCAUUGGGCCAAACAGAGCUCGAGGAAUGCUUCUUAAGGCUAGUGACGGUGUAGUUACUGGGAAUAUUGUUCAAGACACUUGGUUGGCCGGAAUCAUGCUCGCUCCAGAGUACUCUUGGCUCGAAGCAGGCAGUGGAACCAAUCUUCUGAUCGCCAACAACACCAUUACGAGAGCCCAUGACGUUGCCAUCAGUGUGCAUGCAGAGGGUGGGGACGGUACAGUCGCUCCAGCUGGGGCACAUGGAAGAAUCAUAAUAGAAGACAACCGGAUUGUGGAUUCGUCCAUGCCGGCCAUUGCUGUGACAUCGACCAGUGAGUUAUUCUUAUUUCAAAAUACUAUUGAAGGCGCCAACAACGACUAUGUUCCAGGGUGGAAAAGGGAAGACUUUGGCCGACAAGAGGACCCAGGACGACAAAUAUACUUGGAGAAUGUAGCGAGUGUUCGAAGUACAUUUGCUGAAUGA